UUUUUUUUUUGGCAACACUGACACAUACAAAUAAAAUGAUAUGCAUUGUUUUACAUCUUACUUUCUCUUAUUUAAAACAGUAUCUUGGAAACUACUCUCUACCAAUUCGUAGCAAUCUUUCUUUUUGUAAAAAAAUAGCUGAAGAAUACUCCAUUGUGUGGAUGUACUAGUUUAUUUCAUUAGUCUCUUGCUGUUCAACAUCUCUGCUAUUUCCAAUAAUUUGCUAUUACAAAAAUCACACAGUAGAUAACCUAUGUCUAUGUUGUUUUCUGUUUUGGGAAGUGUAGCUUCAGGGUAGAUCCAGGGAUCUCAAUUUUAGAACACAUCCCAAGUGAUUUUGAUGCACGGCCAGAUUUGAGUACCACUGCUUACUAUGUAUGGUAAAGAUGGUAUCUAGAAAGCCAGAAUUGUUAACUUUUUGUUUAAAAGAAUGAGAAAACAAUAGGUAAAGAAGAUUCUUACCAUCCUAAAUUCCUAUCUACACUAUCCAAUAAAAUGCAAUUGAACUAUAUGAAUAGAAGCUGAACAUAUAGUGGCCAGGUGCAAUGGCUCAUGCCUGUAAUCUCAGCACUUUGGGAGGCCAAGACCGGCAGAUCACUUGAGUUCAGGAGUUCGAGACCAGCCUGGACACCAUGGCGAAACCCUGUUUCUACAAAAAAUUACAAAAAAUUAGCUGGGCUUAGUGGUGUGAGCCUGUGGUCCCAGCUACUUGAGAGGCUGAUAUGGGAAGAUCACUUGAGCCUGCUGGGAGGUCAAGGCCUCAGGGAGCUGAGACGGUGCCACUAUAGACCUGACUCAAAAGAAAAAAAAAAAAAGGGGGGGGGGAGGGGGAGUUGAACACCUGUGUUGUGUGUAGUGGCUCACAUCUGUAAUCCUAGCACUUUGGUAGGCCGAGGCAGGAGGAUAACUUGACUUUAGGAGUUCAAGACCAGCUUGAGCAACACAGUGAGACCUUGGGCGCCCCCCCCAAAAAAAAGGGAGAGAGAAAGAAGAAAAAGAAGUUUAACAUCUAGAGAUCUAGAGUUGAUUCUUGUGCCCAAGUCAUCAUGUUGGUAACAAGAAUAUCCCAUGUAUAUACACAUAAGAGACCCAGAUUUGGGAAGCCAAUGGUAAGUUGAAGUUUAGAUAUGCUGAGUCCUAAGUAGCCAAGGGGCAUCCAGUAGUGACUGACAGUGUUUAGGCAGUUGUUUGUAUGGUUUGGAGAUCAGAUUAGGCUGAGUCAUUAGCAUGUAGGUGAAGGAUGAUUGAGGAAAGGAUUAUAGAGCAAGAAGAUGCUUAGGAUGGAGCCUUGGGGAAUAACAGUACUUACGAGGCAAGCAGAGGGGUCCAAGACUGUAAAUAGCCAGAAAGGAAGGAGAAAAUCUGAGAAGGCAAGCUGCAAAAGCCCCGGCAGCAGAAUGCUACAAGAAGAAAAUACUUAUCAGUAUCAAAUACUGCUGAGAGGUCAGGUAAAACACAGGCUGAAAAGUAUCCACUGGUUUUUGAAACGAAGAGGACAGUGUGACAUUUGUCAGAGGAGAUUCAAUGUUGUGGUGGAAACAGUAGCACGUGAAUGUCAAAGGAAUUCAACCUCAUAUAGCCAAUCCUUGGAAACACUGAUGUUUUGUCAGCUGCAACAGUAUUUCUUUUAAAAGCAACAAAAGUGGGCAUUUUUCAAUUGGUACCCAAAGGAAAAAAAAUCAAUUUUUAUAUUUUCUUCUAUACAUUUUUCUUAAAUAUUUGGUGCUGGUUGUCGUUUAUAUAUAUUUAAAUAUAGCAUAAGGUGCUUUUGGAUUUAGUAAAUAGUGUAUGUUUAGUUAUUUCAGGAUUAUUAUUAAGAGAAUAAUCCCAAAAUAAACAGUAUCAAUACAGUAAUGUAGUAAUGUAUUUAUGGUAUUUCUUAAAGAGUACCAAGACUUUCAAGUACCAUCCCCAUCAAGUAAGAGAAUCAUAGCCUCAUAAUAGUUUUUAAAACCACGUUCCUUUCUCUUCUAUUUCCCUUCCCCUAUUCCUGUCUAUACUCUGGGCUGCAAAGACACUUUUACCCCACUGUCAGCAGGUAGCAGCCCAGCUUAAAUAAGUUUGGGAGACCAGGGUAUACUCACAGAGGAAAGGAUAAAAAUAACUUUGAAUGUCAUCUAAUCCAGUGGUGUCCAAACCUAGCUGAGCAACAAAAUGGACAGCCCGGAAUGUACAUUAAAAAUACAGAAUUCUAGGUCCCUGCCCUAGAUCCGAUUCCAGAAGGGCAUCUGCUAUACUUUCGUUUUGGGGAGGUUGGGGUAGGGCUUGCUUUUCCGGGUUCUUCAAGCUCAGCAGAAGUGGACUUUCUCCGCGUUCUCUCUCCGCAGGAGAUGCCGUGCACUGGCGGUCGGCAGGUGCCACGCCUGUCACUCCCCAGCACUGAUCUCGUCCCAGAACCUUCCUGAUCCUCACCACGCGGCUCCAGGCUCCGAAAUGAGCGGAAGCCCCGCCCAUCUCCCCGCCCCUCGCUCUCCCUUCCCCGCCCCUUAGCCCUCCUGGCCCCGCCCCUUCCACAUGCCCUCCCCUCGGCAAUUCCUGGAAACUUGGGGCGGAGCUUCGCUGCAGCCCAGGCUUUAUGUACGCUGGCGGCCGCCAGGCCGUUCCCGGAAGUUGAUGGUCUUACAGUCGUGGAACUGAUUGGCUGAUGAUGACCACGCAGUUAUCCAGGCUUUUCCCGAGUUGUUUGGGUUGAGUUCAGGAGAAGCAUGGCCAGGUCGAGUCGGUACCUGCGCCAACUUCAGGGACCUCUGCUCCCACCCAGGGAUCUGGUGGAGGAGGACGACGACUACCUAAACGACGACGUGGAGGAGGAUGAAGACUCCGUGUUCGUCGACGCUGAGGAGCUCUGCAGUGGGGGCGUAAAGGCUGGCAGCCUCCCCAGGUGCCUCCGCGCUUCAAUUCAUGAUGAAAACACACAAGAGACAUUUAAAGUGUUUGGACGUUUUCCGAUAACAGGUGCUUGGUGGAGAGUGAAGGUACAAGUAAAGCCUGUGGUGGGGUCAAGGAGCUAUCAAUAUCAAGUUCAAGGAUCUCCAUCUUACUUUUUGCAAUCUGAUAUGUCUCCACCAAAUCAAAAACAUAUCUGUGCUCUCUUUCUUAAAGAGUGUGAGGUCUCCAGUGAUGUUGUUGAUAAAUUUUUAACAUGGGUAAAGGAGGUAUCAAACUAUGAAAACCUAAACUUUGAAAAUCUUAGGGAAACACUAAGAACUUUCCACAAGGAAACUGGAAGGAAAGAUCAAAAGCAGCCAGCACAGAAUGGUCAGGAAGAGUUGUUCCCAGACAAUGAGAUGAGUCUUCCUCUGGAAAACACAAUUCCAUUUAGAAAUGUAACGAUAGCUUUGCAGUUUCCGAAAAUAAUGGAAUUCCUUCCAGUUCUUCUGCCUCGACACUUUAAAUGGAUCAUAGAGUCAGGUUCUAAAGAGAUGUUGAAAGAGAUAGAAGAGAUUUUAGGUACACAUCCGUGGAAACUUGGAUUUAGUAAAAUAACCUACAGAGAGUGGAAACUGUUGCGAUGUGAGGCAAGUUGGAUAGCAUUUUGUCAGUGUGAGUCUCUUCUCCAGCUGAUGACUGAUUUGGAGAAGAAUGCAUUAAUAAUGUAUUCCAGACUGAAGCAGAUAUGUAGAGAACAUGGGCACACAUAUGUUGAAGUGAAUGACUUAACUUUGAGAUUGUCAGAUCAUAUGUCAUUUCAUGCUGCUUCGGAGUCUCUGAAGUUUUUGAAGGAUAUUGGUGUGGUGACAUAUGAGAAGUCCUGUGUCUUCCCUUAUGACCUUUACCACGCUGAAAGAGCCAUCGCCUUUUCAAUUUGUGACCUGAUGAAGAGACCUCCUUGGCAUUUAUGUGUCGAUGUCGAAAAGGUGCUUGCCUCUAUUCACACCACAAAACCUGAGAAUUCAAGUGAUGAUGCAUUGAAUGAGAGCAAACCUGAUGAAGCAAGAUUAGAAAAUCUUGUGGAUGUUGUGGACACACAGGACAGUGGUGACCAUAUUUGGACUAAUGGUGAAAAUGAAAUUAAUGCAGAAAUAAGUGAAGUUCAGCUGGAUCAGGAUCAGGUUGAAGUUCCACUGGAUCAGGAUCAGGUGGCUGCUUUGGAAAUGAUUUGCUUCAAUCCUGUGACAGUCAUAAGUGGGAAAGGUGGAUGUGGGAAGACCACAAUCGUUAGCCAUCUUUUUAAGCAUAUAGAGCAGUUAGAAGAAAGAGAAGUAAAAAAAGCCUGUGAAGAUUUUGAACAAGACCAGAAUGCUUCAGAAGAAUGGAUUACCUUUACUGAGCAAAGUCAACUAGAGGCGGGCAAGGCUAUAGAAGUUUUGCUCACAGCACCUACAGGGAAAGCAGCUGGCUUACUAAGACAGAAAACUGGUCUUCAUGCCUACACACUGUGUCAGGUCAAUUAUAGCUUCUAUUCAUGGAAUCAGACAAUGAUGACCACAAACAAACCAUGGAAAUUUUCUUCGGUUAGAGUUCUGGUUGUGGAUGAAGGGAGUUUGGUAUCUGUAGGAAUCUUCAAAUCGGUCUUAAAUUUAUUGUGUGAGCACUCCAAACUUUCUAAACUUAUUAUCCUUGGUGACAUUAGACAGUUACCCAGUAUUGAACCUGGUAACUUGCUGAAAGAUCUUUUUGAGACUCUUAAGUCAAGAAAUUGUGCUAUUGAGCUAAAGACAAACCAUAGAGCAGAAUCUCAGCUAAUUGUGGACAAUGCUACAAGAAUCUCAAGACGCCAAUUUCCAAAAUUUGAUGCAGAACUAAAUAUUUCUGAUAAUCCAACAUUACCCAUCUCAAUUCAAGAUAAGACAUUUAUUUUUGUCAGGCUCCCAGAAGAGGAUGCCAGUUCUCAGUCAUCUAAAACUAAUCAUCAGUCUUGUUUAUAUUCUGCAGUUAAAACUUUACUGCAAGAAAAUGACUUACAAAAUGCAAAAACAUCACAAUUUAUUGCAUUUAGAAGGCAAGACUGUGAUCUAAUUAACGACUGCUGCUGCAAACACUACACAGGCCACCUCACCAAAGACCAUCAGAAUAGACUUGUAUUUGGAAUUGGUGAUAAAAUUUGUUGUACCAGGAAUGCAUACCUCUCAGACUUACUACCUGAAAAUCUCUCUGGAAGUCAGCAAAAUAAUGAUCUAGAUGCCAGUGGUGAAGACUUUUCUGGUACUCUUCAUGAUUUUGCUAAAAAUAAGCAUGACUUUGAAAGUAAUGUUCGACUGUGCAAUGGAGAAAUAUUUUUCAUAACAAAUGAUGUAACUGAUGUAACUUUUGGAAAGAGAAGAUCUUUGACCAUUAAUAAUAUGGCUGGCCUGGAAGUAACUGUGGAUUUUAAGAAACUAAUGAAAUAUUGUCGCAUAAAACAUGCAUGGGCAAGAACUAUUCACACUUUUCAGGGGUCCGAGGAGCAAACAGUUGUCUAUGUGGUGGGGAAGGCGGGCCGCCAGCACUGGCAACAUGUCUACACUGCCGUGACCAGGGGCCGCUGCCGAGUGUAUGUGAUUGCAGAGGAGUCUCAGCUCCGGAAUGCCAUUAUGAAAAACAGUUUUCCUAGAAAAACUCGUUUGAAACAUUUCUUGCAAAGUAAGCUCUCCUCUAGCGGUGCACCUCCAGCGGAUUUUCAGUCCCCACAGAAGAGCUCUGGAGACAGUGGAGGACCCAGCACACCGUCAGCAUCUCCACUCCCGGUAGUCACAGACCACACCAUGACAAAUGAUGUCACCUGGAGUGAGGCCUCCUCACCUGAUGAGAGGACACUCAUCUUUGCUGAAAGAUGGCAAUUAUCUUCACCUGACGGAGUAGAUACAGAUGAUGAUUUACCAAAAUCACGAGCAUCCAAAAGAACCUGUGGUGUGAAUGAUGAUGAAAGUCCAAGCAAAAUUCUUAUGGUGGGAGAAUCUCCACAAGUGUCUUCCAGACUUCAGAAUUUGAGACUGAAUAAUUUAAUUCCCAGGCAACUUUUCAAGCCUACAGAUAAUCAAGAAACUUAGUUUUAUUUCAAAUUGUUCAGAGUAACUAUUUUUUUUUAUUGGAGACAAAAUGAACAUCGUAACGUCAAAGUACCAAGAUAAAACAAGUUGCCUAUAACUGGAGUUUUAAGGUAUUUGUGUUAGCAAGUGUUUUAAAUCCAUUUAAUCAAAGAAAAUAUUAAUGAUUUCAACACAUGUCAUCAUGAGAACUGGUAGCACUGGACAUAAGUGAAGAGAUUCGAUAUUUUAUAUACAUAUAUAUUUUUAUACAAUUAUGUACAUUAAGCCAGGUGCGGUGGCUCAUGCCUGUAAUCCCAGCACUUUGGGAGGCUGAGACAGGUGGAUCAUCAGAGGCCAGGAGUUUGAGACCAGCCUGACCAACAUGGUGAAACCCCAUCUCCACUAAAAAUGCAAAAAUUAUCUGGGUGUGGUAGCACACCCCUGUAAUCUCAGCUACUCAGGAGGCUGAGGAAGGAGAAUCGCUUGAACCCGGGCAGCGGAGGUUGCAGUGAGCUGAGAUCACAACACUGCACUCCAGCCUGGGCAGCAGAGCGAGACUCCAUCUCCAGAAAAAAAAAAAAAAAAAAGAUGUACAUUAAAACAUGUAUUUUUAGAAUAAUGCCUUCGUAACUUUGAUGAUCGUUGUGUGUUAUCUUUGCCAGUGGAUUGAAGCAGUGGCAAAGAAAAGCUGUAAUUACAUCUGUUGAUAUUAUUGACAUGCCUCCUAGAAUGCUGGAAUGUGGUCAUUUUACAAGACUGCUGCUCAAUCCAUCACUGCUGCCUGGGGCCCAGCGUACCUGGGACUUUUCCUUGGAAAUGCUUUCUGAGUUGGGAGCACAUUGUUUUGAAUAUGUUCUACUUAUUUCUCUCUCAGAAUGAUUUGAUUUUUAAAUUUUUAUUUACAUUAAAUGGUAAAAGAAAAAGUCAAGAGGAAAAAUGUAUCUGUUAACCCAUUUAUGCCUAGUGGUCCAUUAUUGGGACACUAAACAUGUGAGAGUUAUUUAUAUGCCACUGCUCAAGGUCAUCACCAAUGUCUGAUUGCAAAAAUUCAGAAAGUUGCAACCUCAGGCAUAAAUGGUUAAUAACUUUAUUGAGAUAUAAUUCACAUACAUUUCACCCAUUUUAAGUAUACAAUUCAGUGGCUUUUAGUAUAUUCAUCAAAUUGGAUAACUACCAUUAUAAUCAAUUUUAGAACUUUUUUUUUUUUUUUUUAAAUGAUAGAGACAAGGUCUCACUAUGUUUCCCAGGUUGGUCUCGAACUCUUGAGCUCAAGUGAUCCUCCCACCUUGGCCUCCCAAAGUGUUAGGAUUACAAGUGUGAGCCAGUGUGCCCAACCUGGAACAUUUUCAUACCCCACAAAGAAACCUCACACUCUGGCCGGGCGUGGUGGCUCAUGCCUAUAAUCCCAGCACUUUGGGAGGCCAAGGCAAGCGGAUCACCUGAGGUCGGGAGUUGGAGACCAGCCUGACCAACAAGGAGAAACCCCGUCUCUACUAAAAAUACAAAAUUAGCUGGGCAUGGUGGCGCAUGCCUGUAAUCCCAGCUACUUGGGAGGCCGAGGCAUGAGAAUCGCUUGAACCCAGGAGGUGGAGGUUGUGGUGAGCCGAGUCACUCCAUUGCACUCCAGCCUGGACAAUAAGAGCAAAACUCUGUCUCAAAAAAAAAGAGAAACCUCACACUCAUUAGCAGUAAUCCCCUGACUUCCCCCGAAUCCCUAGGUAACCUGAUUUACCUAGUCCCAAUAGACUUGCCUAUUGUGGACGUGUGGUUCUUUGUUCCUAACUUAUUUGACUAGCAUAAUGUUUUCAGACUCCAUCCGUGUUGUACCAGUAAUGUGUCAGUGCUUCGUCUCUUUUAUUGCCAAAUAAUAUCCCAGUAUAUGGAUAAAGGACAUUGAAUUUGUCCAUUCAUCAGUUGAUGGACAUUUAUUUGGGUUAUUUCCUACUUUUUGGCUAUUAUGAAAUGCUGCUAUGAACAUGUGUGUGUAAGUUUUUAUGUGGACAUAUGCUUUCACUUCUUUUGGGUAUAUAACUAGGAGUAGAAUUGAUGGGUCAUAUGGUAACUCUAUGUUUAACAUUUUGAGGUGCUGCUAGACUUUUUCCAAACCAGCUGCACCAAUUUAUAUUCUCACCAGCAGUGUAUGAGAGUUCCAGUUUCUCCCUAUUCUCUCCAUUGUUUAUUAUCAUCUGACUUCUUGAUUAUAGCCAUCCUAGUGGGUAUGAAGUAGUAUUUCAUUGUGGUUUUGAUUUGCAUUUUUCUUAUGGCUAGUGAUGUUGAACAGCUUUCAUGUGACUAUUGGCCAUUUGUAUGUCCCCUAGAGAAAUGUAUAUUCAGAUCUUUUGCACACUUUUAAAUUGGAUAUUUUUUCUUUUUAUCACUGAAAUCUGUAUUAGUGAGGGUUCUCCAGAGGGAUGGAACCAAUAGGAUAUAUGUGGAUAUAAAAGGGACUUUAUUAGUGUAUUAGUUAGGGUACCCUAGAGGGACACAACUAAUAGGAUAUAUAUAUGUGUGUAUGUGUCGGGUGGGGGUGGGGGGAGUUUAUUAAGUAUUAACUUACAAGACCACAAGGUCCCACAGUAGGUUGUCUGCAAACCUGAGGAGCAAGGAGAGCCAGUUGGAGUCUCAGAACUGAAGAACUUGGGGUCCGAUGUUUAAGGGCAGGAAGCAUCCAGCACAGGAGAGAGAUGUAGGCUGGGAGGCUAGGCCAGUCUCGCCUUUUCACGUUUUUCUGCCUGCUUUAUAUUUGCUGGCAGCUGGUUAGAUUGUGCCCACCAGAUUAAGGGUGGGUCUGCCCUCCCCAGCCCACUGACUCAAAUGUUAAUCUCCUUUGGCAACACCCUCACAGACACACCCAGGAUCAACACUGCAUCCUUCAAUCAAGUUUACACUCAGUAUUAACCAUCACAAUUAGAGAGAAUUGGCUCACACGAUUAUAAAGCAAAGUCCCAUGAUAGGCUGGGGAAGGAGAGAAGCUGAUAGCAUGGCUCAGUCCAAGUCUGAAAGCCUCAAAACCAGGGACACUGACAGUGCAGCCCUCAGUCUGAGGCCAAAGGCCCAGCAGCCUCUGGGAAGCAAUUGGUGCAAGUCCCAGAGUCCAAAGGUGGAAAAACCUGGAGUCUGGUGUCCAAGGGCAGAAGGAGAGGAAGUCAUGCAUUCUGCACAGCACAGGAAGAAAGAGAGGGAGCAGACUCAUCAAGCAUGCUGCUUAUCUCCGUUCAUCCACCUGCUAUGUUCUAGCCUCACUGGCAGCCAACUGGAUGGUGCCCACCUACACUGAGGGUGGGUCUUCCUCUCCCAGUCCACUGACUCCAAUAUCAGUCUCCAUCAGCAACACCCUCACAGACACACAUGGGAACAGUGCUUCAUCAGCCAUCCAGGUGUCUCUCAAUCUAGUUGACACCUAAUAUUAACCAUCACAAAAUGUAAGAAUUCUUUAUAUUUUCAACAUUUAAGUCCAUUAUCAGAAACAUAAUUUGCAAAAUUCUCCUCCCAUUCUGUGAAUUUUAUUUUAAUUAACUUGAUGGUAUCUGAUAUGGUUUGGCUCUCUGUCCCUACCCAAAUCUCAUCUCACAUUGUAACCCCCAUGUGUCGAGGAAGGGUCCUGGUGGGAGGUGAUUGGAUCAUGGGGGUGGUUUCCCCCAUGUUGUUCUGGUGAUGGUGAGUGAGUUCUCAUGAUAGCUGAUGGUUUUAAAGUGUGGCACUCCCCCCCAACCCCCUUCUGCCACCUUUUAAAGAAGGUGCUUGCUUCUCCUUUACCUUUUGCCAUGAUUGUGGUUUUCUGAGGCCUCCCCAGCCAUGUAGAAUGGUGAGUCAAUUAAACCUCUUUUCUUUAUAAAUUACUCAGUCUCAGGUAGUUCUUUAUAGCAGUGUGAAAAUGGACUAAGUGUCCUUUGAGGCCCAAGUUUUAAAUUCUGAUGAUGACCAGUGUAUCUAUUUUUGUUGUUGCUGCUGCUUGUGCUUUUGGUGUUAUAUCCCAAAAAUUAUUGCCUAUCCAAAGUCAUGAUGAUUUACUACAAUUUUUUCUUCUAAUAAUUUACAAGUUUUGGCUGUUACACUUAGAUCUUUGAUUCACUUUUAGUUAAUAUUUGUAUAUGGUGUGAGGUAGGGAUCCCACUUUAUUCUUUUGCAUGUGACAAUUCAAUUGCUCAGCUCCAUUUAUUGAAGAGAUUAUUCUUUCCCCAUUGAAUUGUCUUGGUACCCUUGUCAAAAAUUAGUUGACUGUAAAUGUGAGGGUUUAUUUAUGGAUUUUAAAUUCUAUUCAAUUGAUACAUGCAUCUUUUUUUUUUUUUUUUUUUUUUUUUUUUUUUUUUUUUUUUUUUUUUUUGAGAGAGUCUUGCCCUAUUGCCCAGGCUGGAGUGUGGUGGCUCGAUCCCAGCUCACUGCAAGUUCCGCCUCCCAGGUUCAUGCCAUUCUCCUGCCUCAGCCUCCCAAGUAGUUGGGACUGCAGGUGCCCACCACCAUGCCUGGCUAAUUUUUUUUGUAUUUUUAGUAGAGACGGGGUUUCACCGUGUUAGCCAGAAUGGUCUCCAUCUCCUGAUCUCGUGAUCUGCCCACCUCGGCCUCCCAAAGUGCUGGGAUUACAGGCAUGAGCCACUGUGCCUGGCCCGAUUCAUGCAUCUUUUUUCUUUUUCUUUCUUUCUUUUUGAGUUGGAGUCUCACUCUGUCACCCAGGCUGGAGUGCAAUGGUGCCAUCUCAGCUCACUGCAACCUCCACCUCCUGGUUUCAAGCAAUUAUCAUGCCUCAGCCUCCCGAGUAGCAGGCAUUACAGGUGCCUGCCACCACGCCUGGCUAAUUUUUUGUAUUUUUAGUAGAGAUGGGGUUUCAUCAUGUUGGCCAGGCUGGUCUCAAACUCCUGACCUCAGAUGAUCCACCUACCUUGACCUCCCAAAGUGCUGGGAUUAUAGGCGUGAGCCACUGCGCCUGGCCCAUAUGUCUAUUCUAAUGCCAGCACCAUAUUGUCUUUAUUACUGUAGCUUUGUAGAAAGUUUUGAAAUUAAGAAAUGUGAGUCCUUCAACUUUGUUCUUCUUUUUCAAGUUUGUUUUGGCUAUUAUGGGUCCCUACAUUUCCAUAUGAAUUUUAGGAUCUACUUGUCAGUUUCUGCAAAGAAGCAAACUGGAAUUUUGUUGAAGAGUGUGUUAAACCUACAGAUUUGGGAACUAUUGCCAUUUUAACAGUAUUAAAUCAUGUGACUCAUGAACACAGAUGUCUUUCCAUUUGCUGAGGAAAGACAGGCUGGAGUGCAGUCAUGCAAUCACAGCUCACUGCAGCCUCUACCUCUCAGGCUCAAACAGUCCAACCUCCUCAACCACCCCACCUCAACCACUCUUGUAGCUGGGACUACAGGCCUGCACCACCUCACCUGGCUAAUUUUUGUAUAUUUUGCAGAGAUAGGGGUUCACCAUGGUGCCCAGGCUGGUCUUGAACUCCUGGACUCAGGCAGUCUGCCCACCUCGACCUCCCAAAGUGCUGGAAUUACAGGUGUGAGCCAUCAUGCUUGGUUCUUCUUUAAUUCUUUGUAGUUUUCAGAGUAUAAGUUUUAUAUUUCUUUUAUUAAAUUUACAAUGCUUUUUGUUAAAUUUAUUUCAAAAUAUUUAAUUUUUUAUCCUGUUGUAAAUGGAAUUAUUUUCUUAAUUUAUUUUGGUUCAUUACUGCUACUAUAUAGAAAUGCAAUUGAUUUUUAUAUAUUGAUCUUGUAUCUUCCAACCUUGCUGAACUUGUUUAUUAGUUACAGUAGGUUUUUAGCGGAUUCCUUAGGAUUUUCUAUAUGAGAUCAUAUCAUCUGCAAAUAGAGAUGCUUUUAGUGCUUCCUUUUUAAUCUGUAGGCCUUUAAUUUCAUUUUCUUACUAAUUGCCCUGGUUAGAGACCCUCGUAUAUUGUUGAAUAGAAGUGGCAAGAGUGAAUAUCCUUGUCUUGUUCAUCAUAUUAGGGAGAAAGCAUUAAAUCUUCCACCUUUAACUGUGUUUGCUGUGGAUCUUUCUUUUAAGUCGUUUAUUGAGAUGAAGAAAUUCUCUUUUGUUCCUAGGUUGUUGUGUAUGAAGGGACAUUGAAUUUCGUCAAAUCCUUUCUCUAUGUAUUGAGAUUAUCGUGUAGUUUUGUCCUUUAUUGAUGCAGUGUGGUAAUUUUUGGAUGUUAAAUCAAUCUCGCAUCCCUGGAGUAAAUCUCACUUGGUCAUAGUGUACAAUCCUUUGUAUGUGCUGCUGGAUUUGGCUUGCUGGUUUUUUGUUGGGGACUUUUGCAUCUAAAUUCGUGAAAGAUAUUGGUCUGUAGUUUCUUUUUCUUGUGAUGCCUUUGUUUGGUUUUGGUAUCAGAGUAAUAGUGACCACAUAGAAUGAGUUGUGAAAUGUCCCCUUGUCUCCUAUUUUGGAAGAGUUUGUGAAGAAUUAAUAUUAACUCUUCUUUAAAUUAAUCUGGCCCUGGGCUUUUCUUUGUGGGAAGUUUUUGCUUUGUUUUGUUUUUGUUUUUUGAGACGGAGUUUCACUCUUGUUGUCCAGGCUGGAGUGCAAUGGCAUGAUCUCGGCUCACCGUAAUCUCCACCUCCCAGGUUCAAGUGAUUCUCCUGCAUCAGCCUCCCAAGUAACUGGGAUUACAUGCAUGUGCUACCAUGCCCAGCUAAUUUUGUAUUUUUAAUAGAGACAGGGUUUCUCCAUGUUGGUCAGGCUGGUCUCGAACUCCCGAACUCAGGUGAUCCACCUGCCUCGGCCUCCCAAAGUGCUGGGAUUACAAGCAUGAGCCACUGCGCCGGCAAGGGAAGUUUUAAAGCUACUGAUUAAAUUUCUUUACUUGUAUUUAGCUUUUCUAUUUCUUCUUGAGUCAGUUUUGACAGUUUUUCUCUAGAAAUUUGCUCAUUUAAUCUGUUUUUUAAUUUUCUGACAUACAGUUGAUCAUAGUAUUCCUUUAUGGUUUUUUAAAUUUCUGUAAGGCUGGUAGUAAAGCCUCUGUUUCAUUCCUGAUUUUAGUAAUUUGAGUCUCUUUUUUCCUUGGUUUAGCUAAAAGUUUAUGAAUUUUAAUCUUUUUAAAGGACCAACUUUUGAUUUCAUUGAUUUUCUUUACUGUCUUCCUAUUCUCUAUUUCAUUAAUUUUAACUCUUGUCCUAUUACUUUUAGGAGGGCCUCUUAAGGAGGGGUUGUAUGCUGGCUUAAAUUGAGGGUUGGUCAAAGUUCAAAAGCCUGGGGGAAGGAAGCUUAAUAUUUUCUCUAGAUCAGUGAGUACAAGCAAUUCAGCCAAUCAUUUAUGAAGCAAAGAAUGGUAAUUUUCAGGGCAGUCUGUGUCUGAUUUUGUUAUAAGUAAAUGGGGGAAGGGAGAUGAACAUCUGUGAGUCUUAUCUAAGUCACCUGGGGAAGGAUGGUUCUUUAUAGUAAGCCAUUUCCUGGAACACGCAGGCGAUGGGCAGGGGGGUUACUACAACCUUAUAGAAAUAAAAUUUCUUUAACUCUGCCUAUAUUUCAGGGUAUAGGACUCAGGUAAAGCUUCACACUGUCAAGAAGAACUUGAAAAUACCUUUUUUCCAUAAAAACACAAUGAAACUAAUACUAUGUAACAGAAUAUUCCAAAGCACUAGUUCUUAUAUUAUAAAUGUACUAUUGGCCAAAAUACAAAUAGCUGACCCAAUUCAAAAUUCUCUAAGAUUUCAUUAAGAUCCUUUUGUAGUUCAUAAGCCCGAUGCAUGGGUGUUCACGUGUAUAUGUGAGAUGUGCCUCCCUCAAACCUUGUUAUGGUUCUGGCCCAUUACCGGUCUGUCAUGAAAAAAAAAUAUUUCAGUAAAAGAGGAUACUUCUAGUUUCCUUUUUAAAAUUUAAAUUGGAAGCAAAUAGUAUUUCAUCCCAGCAUGUUAAAAUUGCAAGGGUCAUCUACCCCAGCUUACCAUUUGCUAAACACCUAUCAGUCACCAGUGGAACACACAUUUCCACUGCUUGGUGAAAACCACUUUGCAACACUGGUGUUGGAAAUUACUUCCUUAUAUUAAGCUGAAAUCUACCUCAUUGGAACCUCUGCUCAUGAGUCCUGAGUCUUAUAUAGUUCAGACCUUGUCUCUUCUGCCCCAUCUGGCUACUUAUCUCCAGUUUCUUCUGCCAGUCUUCCAGUGGCAUAGCUCCAAACCUUUUCAUUUCAUAGUUUGUCACUGCCCUGUUUAAGAGGACGGGUACUCAGAACUCAUUGGCUGACCCUAGCUCUUCCUUUGGCCUGGUCACUGUAUUUGAAAAGUGCUACCUGAAAUCAUAAGAGCUUUUUUGUUUUGUUUUUAACAGCCAUUUUCUAUUGUUGAUUCAUUUUAGUUUUGAUUACAAUUGAAAUAUCUGUCUUUCACAUGAAAUAUAGCUUCUCAUUUGCCUUUAUUCACAAAGUCUGUUCUAACUACACAUUUCACUGGUUUCAGUCUCAUGCUUGAUGCAGAAGUGAGGAGAGUGCAAUAAAAAUUUGAACAGUUGCUUGGAUUUUUGCAAUAAUAGAUUGUCAGUUGGGGUCAUAUGACUCUCAUUGUGUUAGAAAAUACUCUGCCUUUCAGAACGUAACCUUGGGCACACUGAAUGCAGCUGUAUAAAAAUGAAUGUGAAUUUUUAAAGGUAGCAUAAUUAAAGUUUGUACAUUUUAA